AAAGUCCAUUCCGGAUGUGUACUAUCUCGGUGUCGUAGCUUGACGCAAGUCAGCUGUUAGUUAACUUGUCAACAUGUCGCAGUAAACCGGUAACUAACCGGGUGUAACCGGGUUAACGGGCGGUCGGUGUCAGUGGGUUUUUGGCGGAAGAAUGGAGACGUUUAGUAAGCUAACCAGGAUGCUGCUCCACGCGCUGGAGACGAGGGAGCCCACAGUGGACCUGUUGGAUUCCUUCGUGGAUCACUGGAAAUCAAUAACCAACUAUUACAUCGAGACCACAGAUGACAGUCGUCCUGUCAGACAGACAGAGAUCCCCUGGCGUCUCAGACAGAUGUUGGACAUCCUGGUGUAUGAGGAGAAACAGCAGGGGGUGGAGGAGACUGGGGCGUGUCUGGAGUAUCUGCUGCAGCACAAACUGUUGGAGACUCUGUGCACUCUGGGAAAAGCUCAGUAUCCACCGGGGAUGUCUCAGCAGGUCCUGCUCUUCUUCUGUAAGUUCUUGUCUCAGAUGCAGAGACCUGUGCUGCACCUGGUGAACGUCUACAGACCUGUGCAGAAGCUGAUUCGUCUCUGUGCACUUCCUGGUUCCCAAACAGAGAAGGAGGAAGCUCAGUUCCUAUUGGUCAUCUGCUCCAGAAUCAAACAGGAUCCAGACACACUCAGACACGUCUUAGAGAUUUUGGACCAACCAGCAGCCAGGACUCCAGCCUCUGACCAAUCGCAGCUCAGCACACAAGCCUCCAAUCACAGGACAGAGACGCCACCAUCCUCCAGCCAAUCAGAUUCAUGCAGCUCCAGUCUCGUCCAAUCAGAAUCGUCUGCUUCCAGCCCCAUCCAAUCAGAGAGCAGUCUACUGUCAGCCUUGCUGCAGCUCACCAAAAGUCAGAGGGGCUCGGUGAGUCUGAAGGCCUACGAGAGUCUCCUGCUGGUCUCUGGACUCCAGUCUGGAUCCUCAGGGGAGACUCUGACCCACCACACCCAGCUGGGGGAGCUGCUGGCUGGGAGGCUGCUGGAGCUCUACUCCCUGCUGCCUAUGGAGAGUCUGGAUCCUGGACUGGUUCAGAGCUGGCCCCCCACCACCUGGAGUUCUCAGUUCUCUCGCCGUAGCUCUGAUCUCAGGUCAGAGUCUCCUGCCUCUGAUCAUGUGACCAACUUCUUCUCCUGGUUUGACUUCCUGGAUCACCUGAUGAGAGAAGCUCCACAGGUAUUGUCAGUGAAGUUGGCUCAGUGUGUUCGUCAGGUGUGGCUGUCAAACGUUCUCCAGCCUCAGCUGCUGCACACGUGUGAGCAGAUGGUCCUGGUCUCCACUUCGGUCCUGUGUGCGGCCGUCAGACUGGUCCAGUCCUUGUCUUUGUUGGAUCAGCUGGUUCAUUUCCUGUUGAGGACAGAGUCUCUGUCUCACCUGCUGCUGCAGCGCUGCGACCACAUCUCAGACCAGAUCAGUAUGGCGUCUCUGUCUCUGGUGGAGGAGUUACUACAGAAGCCUCACAGAGACAUUCUGGAUGUGUUGGUGCUGGGUUUCCUGCAGAGUCGUAGUUAUCUGUCUCCACCUGCUGCAGGUGUGGAUGACAGACACACAGAGGUCAAUGAGACCGGAGACAGUGAUCUGGAGGAGGACCCAUUCUUCUCUGACAGCCUGUUCCCUGACACUCAGCUCCUUCCUCCUCCUCCUCUCUCCUCCUCUGCUCCUCCUCCUCCCUCUGGCCUGGGAUCAGCUGCUGAUGUCAUUAACAGUUUCCUGUGUUUAGUUCCUGUUCAGGUGCGAUCAGCUCAGCUGCUACAGGAGGGAGGAUACGAGUCGUACGUUCACGAUGCCCACACACUGGUGACCGAGUGUCAGUCUCUCUCUCUGUCCUGGGAUUGGCCGAUCAGUCUCCUUCCUCCCUCCUCCUCAGGUGAGGGGGAGGAGUUCUUUGAGGGUCACUUGUUCAAAGUUCUGUUUGACCGACUGGGACGCAUUCUGGAGCAGCCAUACGAGUUGAACCUGCAGCUGACGGCCGUUCUCUCCAGACUCUCAGCCUUCAGCCACCCACUGCUGCACGAAUACCUGCUCAACCCGUACAUACACCUGUCUCGCUGCUCCAGGUCGCUGUUCUCCGUCCUCAUCAGGGUGAUGGGGGAGUUGAUGCAGAGGAUCCAGCAGAUUUCCAACCUGACAGACAGACUGCUGAACACCAGGAGACACCUGCUGGGACUGAACCACAACACUGGGCUGGAACACCUGACCCUUCUGAGAGGAGUGAUCGUCCUUGAGGAGUUCUGUAAGGAGCUCGCUGCCAUCGCCUUUGUCAAACUGCCCCUGGACCAGAACUGACUCACCUGGACUGGUGAUGAGUCAUCUGGACCACCUGGGGCAGGUACUUCUGUGUAACUGGUACUGGUAUAGACUGACUGAAGUGGGACAGGUACACAGGUGUGUGUAUCUACAGGUAAACUCCUCAACACUAAACAUGAAGCAGCACAAACAAACAUGGAGGACGACUCCACCGACAUCUUUUACUACCAACACGAUGAUGAGACAAGUUCAGAGGUUUCACCUGCAGGACUCAGGAACAGACCCAGUCCUCAGACCUGAACCAGAACCUGCAGGGUCCUCAACUCAGCUUCAUCCUGAUUCUACUGCAGCUUCAUUAUAUCAUCAGGGUUCAACUGUGACAUCACUCUGCCAUCAUGACGUCAGGUGUUUUUUAUUCUACUUCCUGAUUCUACUCUGUGACUCCAGAGAGAGGGUCUGGUUUGGUCCUGGUCUGAGAGGGGUCACUGCCAGGACUGCAGCAGGUUCUGAUACUUAGACCUGGUCUGAGGGGGGUCAGGUUCUGGAUGACUUGUCACUGAUGAGAAAAUAAUUUUUAUUACGUUUCUACUGUUUUUAUUUUCACUAAAAUACAAAAAGAUUAUUUAAGAUAUUUAAGUGCAAUUCAACAGUUUUAUCCCAAAGACUGAUGAACAAAUGAACAGAUGAAUGGAUGAACGGGUGAAUGGAUGAACAGAUGGAUGGAAUGGAUGAUUAAUAAUCCAAUUGAAAUGCCACUGUGAGGAGUUUCAGCCAAACUUUCUGCCUUCAGAAACUUUUCUCUUGUGUUGUUUCCUCGUUCAAAACAUCCAACUUUAUUGUUCAGCUCCUGAUGAACAGAGCAGGUUUUAAAGAAGAAAAUAUAUUUAUCUGCAGAACGUAGAGACGAUAAAAUGUGGGAAAACACUGUGAAACAAACCAAAGUAAAUAAUAAUAUUAAUAAUACUAAAUAUAAAAUAUGAAUUAAGGUUUUUUCUGAUGCUUCAUUUUAAACACAUUUAUCUGAGUUUGAGUUUUAAAUAAAGUUCUGACAGUUUGAACAAAGUGAAAAUAAACAACUAGCUGAU